GGUUGGGCUCGAAUCGUGACAAAGAUUAGCGAGGCGAUGAAUGUGUUGACAGGGCAUGAUGAAAGCGAUGAGGAGCAUGUGGUAGCGAAGGGAAUCGAGCAAUGGAUCGAGGGUUGCGACAAGUGUGUUCAAACAUUUGCCACUUGA